UAGCAAUGCAAACUCUGUCACCAAUACAUCAAUAAGUGAUCACUUCUUCACUUUAAUGGUACCAAAAUUUAUAGCUCAACGAUUAACUGAUGGCACAAACCUAUCAAGUCUUAUGCUCUCCGGAAUCAAAGCCUUUGCUAACGUUAGAAGAGCUGCUAGAAUGGGAUUGCAGUGACAUUUGCCGAUCAGAUCAGUCGAUGUCAUAUUCAAUAUGCGAAUUGCAAACUCAUAAAACACAUGCAAAGAGUGGAUCGAAGACAUUGCUAUGUCAUGACAUGAAAGGCGGUUAUUUAGAUGACAGAUUCAACAGCGGGUGCGCUAACGAAACCGCCUAUAGGUUUUUCUUGUGGUCUUCAAUUGAUGUCUUCGUGUAUUUCAGUUUGGUCAUUUGGUACGACAGUGUGAUCAGCCCCGGGGGUGAACUCAAGUGGCAAAACGAAUUGAAUUGCAAUAAUUGGUGUUUCUUUGAUGCUUGCGAUGCAAUCUUCUUGAACUACACCUGGAAUGAGACAAAUCUGAAGACAUCCUAUGAAAGGGCUCAUCAAAUGCGUCGAAAUUAUGAUGUCUUCGUAGGCAUUGAUGUCUUCGGUCGCAAUUGUUUUGGCGGCGGAGGUCUUCACACAAAUCUAGCGGUUCGGGAGGCACUCAAACACGAGCUCUCAAUAGCCUUAUUUGCGAGCGCCUGGACUCACGAAGUGUUGGGUUAUGAAAACUUCACGAACAAUGAAUACCUAUUUUGGUCUUUAUUAGACUUAGGAGUUCAUCACUUUCCACAAACAUUUCCUAUCUAUACUUCAUUUUGUCAGGAAUUGCAACCAACAAAUCACAAAUCAGUUGAGGUAUACAUAGAGGAGGCGUUCAACGGCGGCGGUUGUCUCCGAUUAACAGACACUUUGGUUCAUCUCUUUGAAUGCGAGAUAAUGGUGGAGAAGAAGUGUUUUUAUGCCAUUACUUACAAAUCCAUUUCCAAUCACAAGUUGAACACAAUUUUCAAAUACCAAAAUGAAAACAAUGAAAAUGAAAACAAAGCAUUAAUUUUAUUCGAUAACGAAUCAGAAAAUAAAGACUUUUUCAUUCAAUACAUUGAGUAA